UCCGCUUUGCUGGGCGCGCAGUGGACGGUCUGGAUCCCAGAGCGCGGUUUUCAGCUGGGGCCUGGUGGCUCCGGAGCCCGGCAUGGCCUCCUCACGGGCCUCCUCCACGGCAACCAAAACUAAAGCACCUGAUGACUUAGUUGCUCCUGUUGUGAAGAAACCACAUAUCUAUUAUGGAAGUUUGGAAGAGAAGGAAAGGGAACGUCUGGCCAAAGGAGAGUCUGGGAUUUUGGGGAAAGAAGGACUUAAAGCAGGAAUUGAAGCAGGAAAUAUUAAUAUAACCUCUGGAGAAGUAUUUGAAAUUGAAGAGCACAUCAGUGAGCGGCAGGCGGAAGUAUUGGCUGAGUUUGAGAGAAGGAAGCGUGCCCGGCAAAUCAAUGUGUCCACAGAUGACUCGGAAGUCAAAGCUUGCCUUAGAGCCUUGGGGGAACCCAUCACACUUUUUGGAGAGGGACCUGCUGAAAGGAGAGAGAGGUUAAGGAAUAUUCUCUCAGUAGUCGGUACUGACGCAUUAAAAAAGACUAAAAAAGAUGAUGAGAAAUCUAAGAAGUCCAAAGAAGAGUAUCAGCAAACCUGGUACCAUGAAGGACCAAACAGCCUGAAAGUAGCCAGACUCUGGAUUGCUAACUAUUCAUUACCUAGGGCAAUGAAACGCUUGGAAGAAGCCCGGCUCCAUAAAGAGAUUCCAGAGACAACCAGGACCUCACAGAUGCAGGAGCUGCAUAAGUCUCUCCGGUCUUUGAAUAAUUUCUGCAGUCAGAUUGGGGAUGAUCGACCUAUCUCCUACUGUCACUUUAGUCCCAAUUCCAAAAUGCUGGCCACCGCCUGUUGGAGUGGGCUUUGCAAGCUCUGGUCUGUUCCUGAUUGCAACCUCCUUCAUACUCUCCGAGGCCAUAAUACAAAUGUAGGAGCAAUUGUAUUCCAUCCCAAGUCCACAGUCUCCUUGGACCAAAAGGAUGUCAACCUGGCCUCUUGUGCUGCUGAUGGUUCUGUGAAGCUUUGGAGCCUCGAGAGUGAUGAACCUGUGGCAGAUAUUGAAGGGCAUACAGUACGUGUGGCCCGGGUAAUGUGGCAUCCAUCUGGACGUUUCCUGGGCACCACCUGCUAUGACCGUUCGUGGCGCUUAUGGGAUUUGGAAGCUCAAGAGGAGAUCCUGCACCAGGAAGGCCACAGCAUGGGUGUGUAUGAUAUUGCCUUCCAUCAAGACGGCUCUUUGGCUGGCACUGGGGGACUGGAUGCAUUUGGUCGAGUUUGGGACCUACGCACAGGGCGUUGUAUCAUGUUCCUGGAAGGCCACCUGAAGGAAAUCUAUGGGAUAAAUUUCUCCCCCAAUGGCUACCACAUCGCAACUGGCAGUGGUGACAACACGUGCAAAGUGUGGGACCUUCGACAGCGGCGCUGUGUCUACACCAUCCCUGCCCAUCAGAACCUAGUGACCGGUGUCAAGUUUGAACCUAUCCAUGGAAACUUCCUGCUCACUGGUGCCUAUGAUAACACAGCCAAGAUCUGGACCCACCCAGGCUGGUCCCCCCUGAAGACUCUGGCUGGCCACGAAGGCAAGGUGAUGGGUCUAGACAUUUCUUCUGAUGGGCAGCUCAUAGCCACUUGCUCUUAUGACAGGACCUUCAAACUCUGGAUGGCUGAGUAGGCAAAACCAUGGAAGAAGAACUGUAACCUCAGGCUCCCUCAGGAGCCAUUUUCCUCAAAAGAAAAGCAUUGGUGUGUUUUGUUCUAUCAUGUUUUCUAUUAAUUACCAUGUAUAGACCCACAUUAUAAUUGGAUUUUUAUAUCCUGGCAUGGUGAUGCACUCCUGUAAUCCUAGCAGUUACAGGGCUGAGACAGGAAGAUCCUAAGUUCAAGACCAGAAUGAGCUACAUUGUGAGAUCCUGUAUCAAAAAGCAAAAUAACAAAAGAAAAAAUGAGAUGUUCGUGUCAGCCCCACUCCCAGGUAGGCAGUCCAGUCCCUAGGUGAUGACAAACCCCUCACGGUUGAAACCUGGAGUCUCAUCUUCAGACUUGCUGUGAACUGUAUUUUAUUAAUCUUUUGUUUGAAUACCCUACCUCCUCUCCCACCUGGAAUUGCAACUGCUGUUUGCAUUUUUAAUUCUUGAAACUUGGCAUUCCCCAACGUGAUACGUGCUUCAGGACUGCCUGUGAUUGAGCAAGUAAGAUAGCAGGCCAAGAUUCCGGAAGCCCUCAGGGUGGGAGGGCAGCUCACCACUCGCACUGAUUGAACAAUGCCAGACGGAGAGCCUCUCCUUCCCACUGAGAAUGAGAGGAAGCUCUAGACCACACCUCUGCUGACAGAUACACAGUAAAGAAGAUUCGCCUGCUUCCUGUGGAGUUCACUGGGAGUGCUAACUGCAUCAGGAAAUUCAGAACUGAACACUCGCCUUAUCAGAAAAUGACUUCCUUUUUGCUUUAAAGUUUGGCAUUCUUUGUGUUACCCUAAAACAAGGGCCAUGUGUCAGCAUGCGACAUGUCUACUGUACACCCUCCUUCCUGUUGGCUUUUAAAAGGAUGCACUUCAUGUAUCAAAGGAUACUUCAUGUCAAAAUAACUGGGGAAAAAAUUCCUUAUUGGGCAUUCCUAAAUGUAAACCCUUUUUCUUUAUUAUACACUUGCUAAGAGUAAAAUCCUACUAUAAAAACUACCUUUUAA